ACCAUGGGAGACGAGAUGGAUGCGAUGAUCCCCGAGCGGGAGAUGAAGGAUUUUCAAUUUAGAGCACUGAAGAAAGUCCGAAUCUUUGAUGCCCCUGAAGAGCUGCCCAAGGAGCGCUCCAGUCUGCUUGCUGUGUCUAAUAAGUAUGGUCUGGUGUUUGCUGGAGGAGCCAGUGGGUUUCGUGUUUUCCCUAGCAAAAAUCUUCUUAUUCAGAAUCGGCCUGGAGAGGAUCCCAAUAAAAUUGUUGAGAAAGUUCCAAACAUAUUAAUCCCUAUGAAAUUCCCAGUGCACCACUUGGCUUUGAGCUGUGAUAACCUGACACUCUCUGUUUGUAUGAUGUCCAGUGAAUUUGGCUCCCUCAUUGCCUUUUUUGAUGUUCGAACAUUCUCAAAUGAGGCUAAGCAGCAGAAACGUCCAUUUGCUUAUCACAAACUGGUGAAAGAUACUGGUGGCAUGGUCAUCGAUAUGAAGUGGAACCCUACCAUCCCCACCAUGGUGGCGGUUUGUUUGGCUGAUGGCAGUAUUGCAGUUCUACAAGUCACAGACGCAGUGAAAGUGUCUGCAAGCCUUCCACCUUCUGUGGCCGUAACAUCUGUGUGUUGGAGCCCUAAAGGGAAACAGCUUGCUGUAGGAAAACAGAAUGGAACUGUGGUCCAGUAUCUCCCAACACUACAGGAGAAAAAAGUAAUUCCUUGCCCUCCAUUUUAUGAAUCAGAUCAUCCUGUAAGAGUUCUCGAUGUACUGUGGAUUGGUACAUAUGUCUUCACAAUAGUGUAUGCAGCAGCAGAUGGAACCUUGGAGACUUCCCCGGAUGUGGUGAUGGCUGUCCUACCUAAAAAGGAAGAGAAACAUCCAGAGAUGUUUGUGAAUUUCAUGGAGCCUUGCUAUGGCAGCUGUACUGAAAGACAGCAUCAUUACUUUCUCAAUUAUAUUGAGGAUUGGGACCUGGUACUAGCAGCUUCUGCAGCCUCCACAGAAGUCAGCAUCCUUGCCCGACAGAGUGAUCAGACUAACUGGGAAUCUUGGCUGCUGGAGGACUCCAGCCGAGCAGAACUGCCUGUUACUGAUAAGAGUGAUGAUUCCCUGCCUGUAGGUGUUGGUAUAGAUUAUACCAGCCAAGUAGAAAUACCCAUUAAUGAUGAAAAGACCCUUCCUCCUGCUCCAGUUUUGAUGUUGCUUUCAACAGAUGGCGUACUUUGUCCAUUUUAUAUGAUCAAUCAAAAUCCUGGUGUCAGGUCCCUGCUCAAGAUCCCAGAACAACUUAAUAUUGAAGGAGAACGACAGCCCAAAUCAUCAGGAAGUACCCCCACAACUCCAACUUCCACUCAAGCCCCUAUGAAGCUUGAAGCAUCACCAACUGCAGCUCCUGGUUCUGCCCCACCUUUAUCCCUUGUCACACCAACUACUGCUUUCAUUCUGCCUACAGUUAGUCUUCCUGCUGCCACCUUCCCAUUUGGCUCUCCAUCCUUGAAAUCGUCCGGUUUGAUGUCUGGCGAUCCCCCUCCUUAUUCCUUUUCCUCAGACAGCUCCAAACCAGCCCUAAGCUCUGCCAUAACUAGUGCACCGGCCUUCUCUUUUACACCUCCUUCUAAAGCCCCCCUGGCCUCGGCUCCCUCCCUAGCCCCAAUGAAUACCUCUGCAACUUCCUUCUAUUUUGGAUCUCCUGCUUUUAAGCCUGCAGUGGAAAAUACUCCAGUGGCUAGCAUGUCUGCGCCACACAUUGGGGCAAAGACAUCUUUCCCACCUACGUCCUCUGCAGCUAAAGCAACCGUGAAUGAAAAGUUUCCUGCUGGGGAGUCAUCCACUCCCAUCAGCAGUUCCCAAAGUAGCUCCUCAAUGUUGUCAUUUUCCUCAGCCUCCAAAUUGGCUUCUGCUGGCCCUGUCAGUCACUCCACACCUCUCUCAUCUUCAUCUAGCUCAGUAUCUGCAAAAUCAUCAGUAUCUCCCUCUGUUUCAGUACGCUCUUCCCAAAGUAGCCCAGUAUCCUCAAUGGUGCAGAAAUCAGCCAGAAUCACCGCUCCAGUGGCAAAGUCAAGUACUACUCAGGCCAAAUCACCACAGCCUGCCAUUGUGAUGGAAAAGCAGCCACAUCAGUGGAAAGAUUCAGACCCUGUGAUGGCUGGAAUUGGGGAGGAGAUUGCCCACUUCCAAAAAGAGAUGGAAGAGCUAAAAGCCCGAACUUCCAAAGCAUGUUUCCAAGUAGGCACCUCUGAAGAGAUGAAGAUGCUGCGAACAGAAUCAGAAGAUUUGCACACCUUUCUCCUAGAGAUUAAAGAGACAACAGAGUCUCUUCAUGGCGACAUUAGCACCCUGAAGACCACUUUAUUAGAAGGUUUUGCAGGGGUUGAAGAAGCAAGAGAACAGAAUGAAAGAAAUCAUGAUUCUGGAUAUCUUCAUUUACUAUAUAAGAGACCUCUGGAUCCUAAGAGUGAAGCGCAGCUUCAGGAAAUUCGGCGUCUUCAUCAAUAUGUUAAGUUUGCUGUCCAAGAUGUGAAUGAUGUUCUAGACUUGGAAUGGGACAGACAUCUGGAAGAGAAGAAGAAACAAAAGCGCCUGCUUGUUCCAGAGCGAGAGACGCUAUUUAACACUCUUGCCAAUAACCGGGAAAUAAUCAACCAGCAAAGGAAGAGACUGAAUCACCUGGUGAACAGUUUACAGCAGCUCCGGCUUUAUAACCAAACCUCUCAGUGGAGCAUACCCAAUGACAGCCCUUCUCAGAGCAGCACUCAGAGCUUUGACAGUGAUCUUGAAAGCCUGCGCAAUGCUUUAAUGAAAACCACCAUUGAAUCUCACGCCAAACCACUACCCAAAAUACCAGCUAAAUUGUCCCCUGUGAAACAGGCACAGCUGAGGAAUUUUUUGGCCAAAAGGAAGACCCCACCAAUAAGAUCUACUGCACCAGCCAGUCUCUCCCGAUCAGCCUUCCUGUCUCAGAGAUAUUAUGAAGAUUUGGAUGAAGUGAGCUCCACAUCCUCUAUUUCUCAGUCUUUGGAGAAUGAUGAACCACAGAUUGUAUACAGAGAUGAGGAUGUGAUAGCCCAAAUCCAUCGCCAUGCCCCAGUGGUUCGCACUUCUUCCAUCCAGCCCACUCUCUUGAAUCAGACUCCUCCUUUCACAAAAUCUCAUCUGCUGCUCAGCUCUUCUCCUAACCUGGUGGGAGGUUUAAUGUCUACAUCUACUAGCAAAAUUGUUCCACAAGGGGCUGACAGCACGAUGCUUGCAACCAAAACUGUGAAACAUGGGGCACCAAAUCCCUCUGUCACCAUCUCAGCCCCACAAGCAGCUGCUGCCGCUGCCCUGAAACGGUUAAUGGCCAAUCAGGUUCCAGCUGUGAGCACCUCCUUGACAGAAUCAACUCUGAAGAAUGUCCCUCAAGUAGUAAAUGUGCAGGAAUUGACAAACAGCCCCCCAGUUCCCACUGCAGCUUUAGGGUCACCAGUACCCCAGUCAGCAGCCAAAACGUCCCUCCAGUUGUUUGCUACAGUGGCUACCAAUCAACCUAAGCAGGGGUCUCUCAUAAAUUCCAUCAAGACACAGUCUCCACCUGGCCCUACACAAAUACCAGCACUAAUCACAUCUGGCCAGCUGUCAUCUGGUGACAAAAUCUCAGGCCCAGGGGCAACCAAGAUGGAAACAAUUAUGACUUCAACUUCAUCAACAGGUGGACAGUUCAACAAGCCAUUUUCAUUUUCUUCAUCAGGAACUGGCUUUAAUUUUGGAGCAAUAACAUCAGCACCACCUUCCAACUUCACUGUCUCACAAGUGACAACGGCCACCACUAAAGAGCCGAAUCUGUAUGAUACAUUCUCAUUUAAUUCGGGGAUCUUGCAAACAGCCAGCACUGCCGGAGCAGCAUUCAGCUCUUCAGGAGAUGCAAUGCCAUCUAAUAAACCUGCCAUGGCAGCCACUUCCACAACAUCUAGCAAGCCCGAUGCACCUUCCCCAAAGCUGGGCGAGCAUCUGUUUCCAAAUUCUUUGACUGGAGAAACACUAGGGAGUUUCUCAGGCCUGAGGGUUGGCCAGGUAGAUGAUAAUACAAAAGCCUCUGGUAAGGCUUCUUCCAUAAACUUAUCUAGCAUACAGCCGGCCAAGACAUCAACCCUAACUUCAGAAUUUAGCUUCAGUAGCUCUCCCCUCCUAGGGAAGUCCAUGGAUGCUCCCAUUACUUCCACUAUGACCACCACAACAGUGACAACAUCAGCCAUCAUAGGCCCAAGCAACUCCACAGGUAGUUUAUUUGGUGGUCUGCAACUCACCAGCUCAGGAGCCUCGGGUUCCCUGAAUCUAGGUGGGACCUCUUUGAGUGGCAGCAAGUCCACCUUUUCAUUUGGACAGACUGGCAGUGCAAUGACCCUACCUUCAACAAUACCUGCUUCAACCAUUGCCCCCUCUGCCGCCCUCCCUGUGUCAGCAUCUCCAUUGUCAUUCAGCAAUCUCUUGAGUUCACCCUCUACUCCUGUCCUUCCUGGGUCCCCUGGAAAAAGCAUGGGAGAUGCCAAGCCAUUGUCAGAAAAGCCAGAGGACAGUGAAGUGCCUGCCUCCUCUAUACCUGCUCUUGCAGAUCAACAGCAACUGCCGGCUGACCAACCUCCUCCAGCCCCAGGGCCGCCUCUGGAGAUGGCUCAAAAGGAGCCUGUCCUCCUGCCCCCUGCAGUAGAGGACUCCGGAGACUCUGCAGCCAGUACAGCUAGUCUUGGCACAGAGACACCUUCCACCAAAGCCAGUGAAGCAGCCACAAGUGUCUCUGAGGCCAAGGCCGAGGCCUCUCCUGCAUCCAUCUUGUCAUUGCCUGAGCAAAGUGCAGCAACAGCAGCCUCUGCCUCAAGUGUGACCCCAGAGGCUGUGGGCUCUCCUGGUGCCCAGCCCCCCUCCAGCAGUGUGGCUUCUCUCACCCCAAGUCCGGCUGGGUUUGGGGCUACCACUGCAGGAACGCCUGUGUUCUCAGCAACUCCUACCACCAGCUCCACAGGCUCUGCUUUUAGCCAACCAGUCAGCGAUGCUGCCCCUGCCCCUUCUGCUGCUUCUGUGUUUGGACAGUUGGCAGUCACCUCAUCAUCACCUUCCCUGUUUGGACAACAGACAGCCAGUACUGCCACUACCACAUCGGCCACAGCCCAAGUUACCAGCCCAGGAUUUGGGAGUCCAGCUUUUGGCACCCCUUCUACUGGGGGCUUUGGGCAAGCAGCCUUUGGACAGGCACCCACCUUUGGACAGCCCACAAGCAGCUCUGCAAGUGGGUUUUCAUUCAGUCAGACUGGUUUUGGCUCAGUACCUGCCUUUGGGCAACCUGCCUCAUCUACUACAGCCGCCAGCAGUGGGAAUGUCUUUGGUGCUUCCUCCAGCACCAGUAGUGCUAGUUCCUUCUCUUUUGGGCAAUCUUCUGCCAGUACUGGUGGUGGUCUUUUUGGGCAGAGCAACCCUCCGGUCUUUGGGCAGAGCACAGGCUUUGGCCAAGGAGGCUCUGUGUUUGGUAAUACUGCAACUGCUACAACAGCCUCAUCCUCCUCUGGCUUCAGCUUUUGUCAGGCUUCAGGCUUUGGUUCCAGCAAUACAAGUUCUGUGUUUGGUCAGGCAGCAGGAACUGGGAGCACAGUCUUUGGUCAGCAGUCAUCUUCUUCCAGUGGAAACUUGUUUGGGUCUGGAAGCACUGGAAGGGGGGUGGGUUUCUUCAGUGGCCUUGGAGGAAAACCCAGCCAGGAUGCCGCCAACAAAAACCCAUUCAGCUCAGCCAGCGGGGGAUUUGGAUCUGCAACCACCCCAAAUACCCCUAACCUUUUUGGAAACAGUGGGGCCAAGACCUUCGGUGGAUUCUCUGGCUCAUCGUUUGGAGAGCAAAAGCCCACAGGCACAUUCAGUUCUGGAGGUGGGAGUGUAGCAGCACAAGGCUUUGGAUUCUCUAGUCCAACCAAAACAGGUGGCUUUGGUGCUGCUCCAGUGUUUGGCAGCCCUCCUACUUUUGGGGGAUCCCCUGGGUUUGGAGGGGUGCCAGCAUUCGGUUCAGCCCCAGCCUUUACAAGCCCUCUGGGCUCGACGGGAGGCAAAGUGUUCGGAGAGGGGACCGCAGCUGCCAGCGCCGGAGGAUUUGGGUUUGGCAGCAGUAACAAUACAACAUCAUUCGGCACCCUGGCUAGUCAGAAUGCACCCACCUUUGGUUCACUGUCCCAGCAGACUUCUGGCUUUGGGACACAAAACAGUGGAUUCUCUGGUUUUGGAUCAAGUGGAGGAGGGUUUGGCUUUGGAUCAUCUACCACGUCAUCCUCAGGGUUUGGUGGAUGGAGAAGCUGAAAGGAUCCUGUCGUUUCUUUCUGUUCCUGGGAUCGACUGCAUGCUCGCCUCCUCCUCAGAUGCAAAUCUUGUAUCAGCCUUGUAGAGGGCAUGUGCCCUUUUUUUAUACAGAAGAUGCUGAAUGCUUAUUUUUUAUUUUUUCUCUCUCUAUUAAACUAUUUGGCCUCUUUCUGCAGAGAAUGCAUUAGGGUUUCUUUCAGGCUACAGUCAGGAAAAAAAAUUCCUGUUGUCUUGUAGACCUGAGAAAUUCACCCAGCCUUAUGCCAGCCUGAGCGAUGACCAGUGCGUGCCCUUCCCAGUAGCACUGAAAGUAAGAGAAAUAUGGCAUUUACAUAGAAGGUGUUAAGACAGGAGCUGUUUUUUGGCUUGUUUUUAAUUAAACUUAAUUUUGUAGAACAUGU